UGACGUGUCACAUUUCGUCAUCGUUUGCUGGGACCGUGCGUAAUGUCGGUGUUUCGUAGUAAAUCAAUGCUGCCGUGCUCCAGGUGCUGCUUGAAUCCGCGACAUAAGCUUGAAGGAGGAGUAUAACUCACAUAAAGAGACUCAUCACAUGACUGAAGAGGUGUUAAAUGACAGAACAGGCAGGCGAGUGUUGACACCAGCGGAGUCAGUCAGGUAUGUGGCUGCUGGCUUUCCAACAACACUCAUUAUAUUUGAAACUGCACCCCAGAUCCACUCAGAAGGAGUAAUUAGCAGUGAUCUCCACUUAAAGCACAGCAGGAGCGCUUGCUUUUGAUCAGCAUGUAGGAAAUACCUGCUGGGUGGGAGGGGCUUGUCAGGUAAACUGCUACGGUGUUAAAAGGACGCACACACAAGGAGAAAAUGUUUGCUCUUCCUCGCAGCAGUUAGGAGACGGCUGGAGAGAAAAGGGCGUUUCAACAUGAGCUCUCAGGAUGAAUUCUCUCAUGAGUGGAUGGACGGUUCUGUUAAAUCCGGAGACAAUGAUUGGACAACAAGGAAAGAGAGAACCAGUUUGGGAGAAUAUACUGAGCUUCCCCUACAGGACAGUUCAGAGACUUCAGUCCUGGACUCCUCACAGCUCUUCCCUCUGAUGGAGACCAAACUGUACAAGAGACGUUGGGUCAUGCUCUUCAUCUUCAGCGCCUACUCCAUGAGCAACUCCUUCAUGUGGCUGCAGUACAGCAUCAUCAGCAACAUCUUCAUGCGCUUCUACAGCAUUGGCACCCUGGCCAUCGACUGGCUUUCCAUGAUCUACUUCCUCACCUAUAUUCCCCUCAUCCUGCCAGUCAUGUGGCUGCUCGACAACCGGGGCAUGAGGGACGUGGUGGUGGUGGGCUCGGCCUUCAACUGCAUCGGGGCCUGGAUCAAGACGAGCACAGCCCACCCCAGCAUGUUCGCCAUGACCUUCUUCGGACAGUUUGUGUGCUCAGUAGCCACUGUUUUUAUCCUAGGGAUCCCAUCCAGACUUGCAUCCCUGUGGUUUGGGAAGCAGGAGGUGUCCACUGCCUGCUCCAUUGGAGUUCUGGGAAAUCAGAUGGGUAUUGCCAUUGGGUUCCUGGUCCCGCCCAUCCUUGUGCCUAAUGUAGAAGAUAUGGAUGAGCUGGCGCACCACAUCAGAAUCAUGUUCUACAUCAGUGCGGGAGUGGCCACCCUCAUCUUCAUCCUUGUCAUCAUCGUGUUCCAGGAGAGACCAGAGAUCCCUCCCACACAGGCCCAGGCUCAGGCAAGGAACAUCCCCCCCGAGGAGUACUCGUACACGGCAUCUAUCCUGAGGCUGCUGCGCAACAAACCCUUCAUGCUUCUGGUGGUCAGCUAUGGCCUGAACGUUGGCUGCUUCUAUGCUGUUUCCACACUGUUGAAUCGGAUGAUCAUCGAACACUAUCCUGGUGAAGAGGUGAACGCUGGGAGAAUUGGCCUGACUAUAGUCGUUGCUGGCAUGGUGGGGUCCCUCAUAUGUGGCAUUUGGCUGGACAAGACCAAAACCUACAAACAAACAACCCUGGGCAUUUAUCUCCUCUCUCUGAUUGGGAUGCUGGUCUACGCCUUCACCCUCAACCUGGGUCACCUGUGGUUGGUGUUUGUCAUGGCUGGAGUUCUGGGCUUCUUCAUGACAGGGUAUCUACCUCUAGGCUUUGAAUUUGCAGUAGAGCUCACUUAUCCAGAAUCAGAGGGAACCUCAUCAGGACUCCUCAACUGUUCCGCUCAGAUCUUUGGAAUCAUUUUCACCAUCGCCCAGGGGAAGAUCAUGGAUAAAUGGGGAACUUUAGCGGGAAACAUCUUCCUGUGCAUUUUUCUACUAGUAGGAUCGGUAAUGACAGGAUUCAUCAAAUCAGACCUCAGACGUCAGAAGGCCAACCAGCAGGUUGAGGUGCAGACAGCGAGUAAAAAAACAGCUGAAGUGGAAGGAGGCAUCUCACCACCCGCAGUCCUGACUGAGGUGAAGCUUUGAGGGGGACAGACACUACCUCACGCACAGAAACACUGACGCAUCGAUGCACAUACAGUACAUGUGCACAUUAGAGGAAGCUGCAGUGAGGAGUGAGCUUGAGAUGUUUAAUCAUAAUGAGCAGAUCCCUUUUUGAGACUUUUAUGUACUGUAUAACAUGAUGCUUUGGUAUGAACACCAGAGAGUCACACUGAAAUCCCAAGUGCAGCUUAGCUCAUCUGAAAGGAAGCACAAGUUAAUCAUGCACAAGGGGAAUGCACUUGGAACUUCAAUGCUUUAAAGAACAUCUUUAUGAAAAGCAGAUUGUAUUAUUUAAUUUAAUUUAGGUAUUUCACAUGUCUUUUUAAUGCUGUGCAGUUGCCUCUAAAGUGACUCCAAAAUUUACCACACUCUUUAACUGAUACUGACUUUUAACUGAAUCUUUCCCCAUGCUUCUACCAACCACCUCUGAUAGUUAAUAUCGUGCUCCAUUAAUCUUAUAAGCAAUAUUUAACUGUAAGUGUUGCCUGAUAGUGGACCAGUAUUUCCUGUAACUGGACGCUGUUGAAGGAGCGUGUUAUAUGCAAACUGUAACGUGUUCUCCUGUCAUGGCCUCCAUGAUCAGGAUCACAUGGGAGUAUUUGCUUCGUAAACUGCUGAUUUUAAACACGAUUGAUGCUGUGCAUCGAGUCGCACUCUGGAGGGUCAGUUUGUCCUCAUAAGACUGUAAGGGAUCCCUACUGGAAAUGUCGGGAUUUUUUUUUAACUGGAUCAACAUACGAGGGCGUAUGGAUCAUAUCAGACGAAGGAUCAGACAAUCAUGCUUCGAUCAACAUUUUGCACACGUUUUUUAUGUAAAAUUGUCUUAUAUGAUAAAGUUGUUACUGAGAAAUGUUCAUGUUUUGCUUGAUGUAUCAUGGCUAGUUUUGGUUUUACAAUGAUUUAAUGUGAAUUUUAUAGGUGAUAGUUAUUCUUUCAGUGGCAUCUUUUUUUUAAGUUUUAUUUUGGGGCGUCUUUGCCUUUAUUGGAUAGGACAGCAGAAGAGAGACUGGAAAUGUAGGGUGUAGAGAGCGGUGGAAGACAGGCAGCAAGUAGGGAACCAGCAACCUCUGCACCGAGGAGUAUAGCCUUGAUAUAUGGGGUGCACGCUUAAACCGCCAGGCCAUAUUACUGUGCUGUUAAAGGUUUCUGUACCCUUAAGAGUUUAUAUUUAACACUUACUGGAAUAAGAUCUCUUAGUGUAGUGUUUCAAUUUGUUUUUUGACACUGAGAUAAAAACGUCAUGAAACAAAAUAAAAUAACCUUUACUGAA